UUUUCCCAAAUACCCAUCAGAGAAACAUAACAAUGGAGUUCAAAACUCUGUGCUGCGCAGGAUUGAUGUUAAUGUUCUUCUUCCCCACAGUCUUCUGCUGUGAUAGGUGUCUUCACAAAUCAAAAGUAUCCUAUUACUCUUCCUCCCAGACUGUCAAUGGAGCCUGUGGAUAUGAAUCCUUUGCAACAGCCUUGAACCGUGGAAAUGUGGCCACAGCGAGCGCCAAAAUAUAUAGGGAAGGUGUUGGAUGUGGCGGCUGCUAUCAGAUCAGAUGCACAGACCCGGCUAUUUGCAGCAAAUCGGGGGUGAAAGUUGUGGUUUCAGAUUUCACCCGAAGCAAUCAGACGGAUUUCGUGCUGCCCAGUAGCACAUUCUCAAUGCUGGCGCAACCCACAAAAUCUUCUAUGCUUGUGAAAAUGGGCAUCGUGGAUAUCGAAUACAAACGAAUGCCAUGUGAGUAUCCAGGGAAGAACAUGACAGUGAAAAUAGACAAGAUCAGCAAUUAUCCAAACUUUCUUGCUGUGCAAUUUUUGUACCAAGGAGGCCAGACGGAUAUCAUGGGUGUGGAAGUUGCUCCGGUGGGAACUUCAAAUUGGAAAUUCAUGACACGAAACCACGGGGCCGUGUGGAGCAUGCAGCAGCCUCCGGAGGGGCCCAUGUCUUUAAGGCUUCAUGUUACGAGUGGAUACGAUGGGUUUUGGGUGUGGGCCAAGGGAGCUGUGCUGCCUUCAGACUGGAAGGUGGGCUCUAUCUAUGACAGUGGAGUUCAGAUCAAGGAAAUUGCACAGGAAGGCUGUUCUCCUUGCGACUCCCAAGAUUGGGACCUCUCGCUGUAAUUGAAUAUAGUUGUAAUACAAAAGUUUACAUAUAAUUUUAUGAACAUUACUGUUUCACACGUCAUUGCUUGGGAUGUUGUGCUCCUCUGCACUGGUACAAGCUGGAGUGUAUGGAACAAUAAUUCAAAACAAAUCUAAAGAAGUACUAUGAUUUCUUGGCGGUU